CCUGGAGGCAACGCAGGCAGCACAUGUGUACCACUUAGGUGGAUAUGGCAUAGUCUCAUAUGUACUAGCAAAAACACACUUUCCAUUGAGUGAACCUUUGAAUAACAACACGCUGGUAACAGUGCUUGAUAGGCUCCUGCGCUACGCGGUAUUUCAUGGCUUAGCUCAGCCCGGAAUCUCCGUGAUAAACUUCCGUCGUGAGUGAGGUCCUUAGGUCAAGGUAGUUAGUUGAAGGCCAUCGCCGAGUUCGACAGAAGAGACUGGCGCCCGAACCAUGGACCAACGGCGCGCCAUCAUAAUCGGCAUCAGUGGCUGCUCCUCGAGCGGCAAGACGACACUGGCCAGACUGCUGCGCGAUAUCUUUCCCGAGACCUUUGUCUUGCACGAAGACGAUUUUUACAAGCCCGAGUCUGAACUCCCAAUCAAGGAUGGCCUCGUCGACUGGGACUGUCCCGAGGCCAUCUCCAUUCCCGACCUAGAAGCCGCCCUCGAGCACAUCCGCGCAACGGGCACAUUCCCACCCACCGUAGAUUCGAAAGAAGACCAGAACUCCGUCGGCCCAUGUCCCGCCACAGCCGAACAGAUUGCCGCCUGCGCCGCCCGAGUGAGAGAGUGGCUCUCGCCCGGCUGCCCGGGCUCCCUUAUCUUUCCCUCCUCCUCUCACUCGUCUUCGGUGCCUCCUACGUCUAACCCCAACCCGCCGCGCAUCUGCAUCCUAGAUGGCUUCCUGCUCUACUCCCCUCCAGCCUUCAGCCGGGUCAUGUCGCUGCUCGACGUCAAGCUCUUUCUGCGCGUGAGCAAGACCCGGGCCGUGCGCCGCAGGGAACUACGGGACGGGUACGUUACCCUGGAAGGGUUCUGGAAGGACCCCCCGGGCUACGUGGAGAAGAUUGUCUGGCCGGAUCACGUGGAGGCUCACAGCUGGCUUUUUGAGGGUGGUCAGGUCGAGGGGGGUAGGAUGGAUGCUGGCGUGUUGAGGCGCGAGGGGAUAGAGGUGCUGGAUGGGAGCGAGCAUGGGGAGGAUGUGGAGUUUGGGAGGGUGCUGGAGUGGGCGGUGGAGGCGCUUAUAAGGGCGUUGGAGAGGAUUGUGCUGGGGAGAGAGGACGGGGGUACGGAGGUGGGUGUGUAUGGGCUGUAAUGAAAGGCGAGGGGUAACGUGGAUGCGUGGUUGAUUAGAAAGGGGGCGGUGCCGGGUUGGGAAAUUUUCUGGUUGUCUCCUGGCACAGAAUAGAGUAGAUGUCGACCUAGUUCAUACUAGACAGUACGGAGUAGCUGAAUGUGUUGAU